UGAUGAUACAUUUUCUCAUGAAUUUAUCAUCUCUGAGUUGAAUUUAUUUCACUUGGUGAACCGUUUCAACUGAUUAUUAUCAUUUUCUCCUCAGCAACAUGUAAUCCUCAUGAAAGAAUGAAAGAAAAACAAGGAAACCUACAAAAAGAAAACAUUUUACCUGUUACCUGAAUUUCUCAUUCCUUUUAUCUUUCCAUCUCAUCAUCUCAUCAUCUUGUCAUCUUCAUCUUCAUCUUCAUCUUCAUUUGCCUUUUCUGUAGAUCGAUAAAUCUUACCAACAAUGAAUAGAUUGAGAAAAAGUGUCGCAUCAAAUGUUUGUUUAUAUUUACCAUCCUAAUACAAUUUCCAAUAAAAUUCUCAAUUCUAUCAGUUAAUUGAUUGUCCAACCAUUGAUUUAAUUGUGAAAUGAAUCAAUCAAACUCUUUGAACACGAUAGCAAACGAUUCUAAACCUGGUUUGGAAGAUGUUGAUAUUAUCGUUGUUAUCAUUUAUUUCGUAAUUAUCUUGGCAACUGGUUUCUGGUCAAUGUGGAAAACGAAGGACAGAGGAACCGUUUCUGGCUAUUUUCUAGCUGGUAGAUAUAUGGGCUGGUUAACGGUCGGCGCUUCGGUGUUCGCAAGUAACAUCGGCAGUGAACAUUUCAUUGGACUCGCUGGAUCAGGAGCUGCUUCGGGAAUCGCUGUGGCUGCUUUUGAGCUCAAUGCUUUAUUAAUCCUUCAAGUUACUGGGUGGCUCUUCCUUCCUGUUUUCCUAGCAAGUAAUGUUUACACUCUUCCCGAAUUCAUGUCGAAACGUUUUGGUGGAAAACGAAUCCAAACCUACUUAGCUAUUCUCUCCCUUCUGCUUUAUGUCUUCACCAAGAUCUCGGUUAAUCUAUUUUCUGGUGCCAUUUUUAUCCAACAAGCUCGAGGAUGGUCAAUUUAUACCAGUGUUAUAAUCCUUUUGGUAUUAACGGCCAUUUCAACGGUCACAGGUGGAUUAGCGUCCGUUAUGUACACUGAUACCGUUCAAUGUUUCGUCAUGUUGGCCGGAGGUUUAUUAUUGGCCUACAAAGCAUUGAAUGAAAUCGAUGGAAUUGGAAAUUUGAAAUCAAAAUAUUUCCAAUCGAGACCUUCGAUUAUCCCGUUGAACAUUACCUCUUGUGCGAUGCCGAGAGACACAGCAUUCUUAUUGUUAAGACCAAUCGAUGACCACGAUAUGCCUUGGCUUGGAUUCUUGGCUGGACAAACAUUUUCAUCGAUGUGGUAUUGGUGCACCGAUCAGGUCAUCGUACAGCGUUUACUGGCCGCUAAAAAUUUGGCGCACGGCCAAGGAGGUACACUUUUCGCUGGCCUUCUGAAGCUGAUGCCGAUCUUUAUUAUAAUCAUACCUGGAAUGAUUUCCCGAAUACUUUUUCCCGACGAUGUGGGCUGUGUGGACCCCGCUGUCUGUUACAAGGUCUGUCAAAGUCACACGGGCUGUUCAAAUAUCGCUUAUCCUCGGCUUGUGUUAUCCCUUAUGCCCGCUGGUCUGAAAGGUCUAAUGAUGGCCGGUAUGUUAGCCGCUCUCAUGUCGGGACUUUCGUCAAUAUUUAAUAGCUGUGGUACUAUGUUCACGAUUGAUAUUUGGCCUCUAAUGAGGCCACAAGCUUCCGUUAAAGAGCAAAUGAUUGUUGGAAGGUCAUUUACUUUAGCAAUGACGGCUGCGAGUAUCGCCUGGAUUGUGGUCAUUCAAGAAAUGCAAAGCGGUGAACUAUAUAUUUACAUUCAAGCGGUAGCGUCGAUUUUAUCACCGCCGAUAGCAGUUGUUUAUGGUCUUUCCGUCUUUUGGCCUCGAAUGACUGAACCAGGAGCAUUUUGGACUUUGAUUAUUGGCCUGGUAAUCGGUUCAACUCGCUUUGUUUUAGAUAUUGUCUACCGUGAACCCGCUUGUGGUGAACCCGACAUCAGGCCAUUUCUGGUCAAGAAUAUACAUUAUAUGUACUUUGCAUCCAUCUUAGCAAUAACCUCUGUGAUUUGUGCCGUAAUUAUCUCGUUGAUCACAAAGCCAGCGGAAGAUUUCAGGCUCAUAAGAACAACAUAUUGGUCUCGAUUUGAUGAGACGAUUCGAGACGACGAGAUGAAGUCCGUUCCACUGAAAACGAUUAAACUAACUGACCUCGACUGGCGAGUUGAUGAUGGCAAAUGUUGUGAAAUUGACCUUGACGACGAAGACGCCGAUGUCGUUAUGAUUGCGAAGAAAAAAGUUUCUCUAUGUAAAAGUUUUUACCUUUGGUUUUGUGGUUACGAAGACACAGAAGAAGUGACAUCGAACCAAUCGAAUGACCAAAUCAGAACUGACCUUAAACUAUCCGAUGAUGACACUUUCGAGUCAAGGUCAAUCGUGAACAUACUUCGACAAACUCAAACUCAGAAAAUAUUCCUAAGAUCAAUUUUGGCCUUAACUGUCGGUUUAGCGACAUUUUUGUUCACAUACUUUUCCCUCCCUUUUCAUAGAUACAGUUACAACUAAUGAGAGAUUGUUAGUUAAUUGCAAUUUAACUUCUUCCAAAUUUUCACCCAACAAUUUAAUCGUAAUUCAAAUAUAUGAGUUAAACGUGAUUACCAAGCUAUCAACAGAUUACACAGAGCUAGUGAACUAAUUAAAUCUAAUUUCUUUUCCAAUUAACAAUCAAUCGGAUAAUUGAUCAGUCGACUAAUUUGAUUCCAAUGAAAUCUUAGUAAUUUGUUUCCAUCGGUGUGAGUAAAUUGAUCCUUUACUUAA